GCAGGGAUCGGGGCUGGGGAAGGGAAUGGAGCCCCAGGAGGGGCUGAGGGAGCUGGGGAAGGGGCUCAGCCUGGAGAAAAGGAGGCUCAGGGGGGACCUUGUGGCUCUGCACAGCUCCUGACAGGAGGGGACAGCCAGGGGGGUUCGGGCUCUGCUCCCAGGGAACAGGAGGAGAGGGAACCACUUGUGUUUAUUUUUAUAUAAAUAUCAACCAACACAAGGCGGACAGCAGACCUCCUCACAGCUGGGAACGUGUGGGUUUCGUGCAGGUUGAGGAUGGGCCGGCGCUCGUCGGACACAGAGGAGGAGAGCAGGAGCAGGAGGAAGAAGAAGCACCGCCGGCGCUCCUCCUCCAGCAGCUCCUCGGACAGCCGCAGCUACAGCCGCAAGAAGGCGGGGAGGAAAUCCAGGUCGAGGUCGCGCUCCCGGGAUCUCCCGUCUUGGUCCCAUUCCUAUGAGAAAAGGCGCAGACACAGAUCCAGCAGCAGCUCUUCCUACGGCUCCAGGAGGAAGCGCAGCCGCUCCAGGGGCAGAGGCAAAUCCUACAGAUCCCAAAGGUCCAGGUCAAAGAGCAGGACCAGGAGGUCCCGGUCGCGGGCUCGCCAGCGCUCCUACAGCCGCAGCAGCGAGAGGUCCCACAGGAGAACCCCCAGCGGGUCCCGGGAGCGCCGCAAGGGCCGCGACAAGGACAAGGACAAGGCCAAGGACAAGGGCAAAGGGAAGGACAAGGACGGUCAUGGCACCAAGGCUGGGGACUCUGCGAACAUCAAAGCUGGAUUAGAACAUCUGACUCCUGCUGAACAGGCCAAGGCCAGGCUGCAGCUGGUUCUGGAGGCAGCUGCUAAAGCAGACGAAGCGUUGAAGGCCAAGGAGAGAAGCGAAGAAGAAGCCAAGAGAAGAAAGGAGGAAGACCAAGCCACCCUCCUGGACCAGGUGAAGCGAGUGAAGGAGAUCGAGGCCAUCGAGAGCGACGCCUUCGUCCCACAGAGCUUCAGGUCCAGCAAAGAAGUCAAAAAGUCUUCAGACCCUCCUGAGGCCCAGCACGAGGCUGUGAGUGCGGGAGCAGGAGCCCCUGAGGCAGCUGCUGCUGAGAAGGAGCCCCCAGCUGCCAGCAUCCCCACUGCCAUCAAAUACCAGGAUGACAACUCCUUAGCACACCCAAACCUGUUCGUGGAGAAGGCCGAGGCGGAGCACAGGUGGUUCCAGAGGUUGGUGGCGCUGCGCCAGGAGCGCCUCAUGGGCAGCCCCGUGGCCUGACAGCUCCCAGGACAUCCCAGGCCGGUCCCACACGGAAUUCCUGCCC